AUGUUGGUGGAAUUAAGAAUCCAAUCUGUGGAGAUCCUGGGAGAUUCUAUGCUUGUCUUGAAGCAGAUUGAUGGAGAAUACAAGUGCUUAAGUCCUUCUCUGGUUGUUUAUUUAAUGGCAACUAGAAAUCUUCUGAUAGAAUUCAGAGAAGCUACUUGGGAGCACAUCCCAAGGGAAGAAACUUUGUAG